UAGCAUAAAACAAAAAAAAUGUGUGCAAUCUGUAGCUGCUGCCCUCGAACUCGAAAUGAUGGCUAAAACCUCUCUAUCCACUUUCUCUUCGAUCUCUCCACAUCGGUGCUCUCCGUUUUCGAUUUCGUCUUCCUUUUCAUCUUGCCACUUCAACAGCACAAGAAUUUUCCUUACAAUCUCAUCAGCUUCUACAUCUCUUUCAAAUCCCAAAGUUGUUGUCACAAGAGAGCGCGGCAAAAAUGGCACACUUAUUGACGCUUUGGCAAAUCGCGGCAUUAAUUGUCUAGAGCUUCCUCUUGUUCAGCAUACUCAGUUGCCUGGUUUUGACAAGCUUUCUUCUUUACUACGCAGUAAUUCAUUUGAUUGGAUCAUCAUAACCUCACCUGAAGCUGGCAAUGUUUUUCUUGAUGCUUGGACAGCUGCAGGAACUCCAAAUGUUAGGGUUGGAGUUGUUGGAGCUGGUACAUCAAGUGUAUUUGGGAAAAUCGGGCCUUCUCUAAAAGAAAUCCUGAAUGUAGCUUUUGUACCAUCCAAAGCUAUUGGCAAGGUUUUGGCAGCUGAGCUUCCAAAACUUGGAAAUGCAAGGUGCACUGUUUUGUACCCAGCAUCAGCAAAAGCUAGCAAUGAGAUUGAGGAAGGACUUGCGAAGCGUGGAUUUGAGGUUAUGAGAUUAAACACAUAUACUACGGAACCCGUCAGUAAUGUGGAUCAAAUGGUUUUAGAUCAGGCACUUGUAGCUCCUGUUAUAGCCGUAGCAUCACCUUCUGCACUUCGUGCUUGGGUCAGCUUAAUACCAGAAGAACAACAGUGGGAUAAUGCCGUUGCAUGCAUUGGGGAGACAACUGCUUUGGUGGCUAAAAAGUUGGGGAUGAAGAAUAUAUUCUUCCCUUCUAAUCCAGGCAUUGAAGGAUGGAUAGAUAGUAUUUUGGAAGCCUUAGAGGCCCAAAACAAGUUGCAGAAGGUUUAGGGUCGGAUGUUGGCAACUUUUGGAGAAUAUAUCCAUCCAUGUUGGAGUAGUAUUUAGUUUUCCAUUGGCAGCUUUAAACAAGUAGAAGUUUGAGAGUUUGUAUGUUUUCUAAAUGUAUUAACUUCAUAAUUAUAUUCUUUAUAUUUUUAAUUUCUAAUUAUAUCCA